AUGAAGAUACGGGCUCAGAUCUCUAUUCUUCUGUUUGCCCUUGCGGUAAAUGGGCAGAAUGACACUCUUGGUCUCAGCAGUGGUUACACAUCACUUUCAACAGCCAAUUUCGAUAUCAAGCUGGUCAAGGAUUCUCAAAUUCUUGCCUCGCUGAAACCGACCGGCAAUGAUUUUGAUUUCUUGCCAUUCGACGAUAUCACCUACCGAGCAGCUAAUGGUCAAUAUCAUAAUGGCGACAUCACAUUUCGCUAUCGUACUUCUGGUGCUACUAAAUGGGUAUCGGCCGACUCGUCGACCGCGAGAAAGCAGGUCAAGAGCGCCAAAACUGGUGGUCUUGCCGCUGCCGACCUUUCUCCUACAUUGCCAUCAAAUUCACCAAUUCGUGUGAUCCGAAGUUGGUCGGAUGUCGAUGGAGACUUGGGACUGGCAUUCACUCUCACAAACACGGGCAAACAAAAUCUAGAGAUAGGCAGUCUCGGUUUUCCCACAGAGUUCAAUAGCAUCUUUACCAAUCGCGCUGCUGAAGACAUGGCUGCAAAGUGCUCUCUAACGGAUCCUUACAUUGGCAUGGAUGCUGGCUAUCUACAAGUAACUCCGACAUCUGGAACAGGAGCUGCAUUGAUUGUGACUCCUCUUGUCAACACCAGCACACCUCUCGAGGCGUGGAGAAAUCUAGAUGAGUCCAGCACUGCCCCUCUAUACUAUGGGAGUCAGACCUUCGAAGGGUUCUACGAAUGGCAGACUCAUAGCAAGGCGUAUGCUGAAAACGAAUGGUCUGGAGUCACACCUUGGAAUGACCCAAGCUCCAAGACUCUGAAGUCUGGCGAGUCGGUUACGUAUGGCCUGCGAUUCUCCAUUGUUAAAGAUGGCAUACGUGGUAUCCAAAAGGCUGUUCAGUCAACAAACACGCCUGUUACUAUCGGCAUUCCGGGCUACGUCGUUCCUGUUGACCUGACUGCUAAACUCUACGUGUUCCAUGGGACUAUCUCAAAGGUUGUAUCCGACAAGAACGCCUUCAAGAUCUCGCAAGAUUCAGAAGACACCCUCAGUCUGACUCCAACCGGGUCUAUCUGGGGCCGCACCAAGGUAACCAUCACAUAUGCAGAUGGAAAGGUUCAAACGGUGCACUAUUUCAUCACCGACUCUGCACCAACAGUCAUCAGCAAACUCGGAGAAUUCUCAACCACAUCCAUGUGGUUUGACGAUACCUCAGAUCCUUUCGGCCGCGCACCCUCUGUCAUAACCUGGGACCAUUCAGUCGGGGCACAGGUCCUACAAGACCCGCGAGUCUGGAUUUCAGGACUGAGCGAUGAAGGCGGCGUGAUCUACUUAGCAACCGCAAUGAAACAAUUCGGUCUCAGUAACGCCGCGGAAAUCGCAAAGCUCGAAAAUUUCGCGCAAGAUGUUCUUUCGGAGACAAUUCAGAACCCGGAUUUCACUGUUCGCAAGAGCAUCUUCUUCUAUGAGCCUGAUCUAGUGCCCGGGUACGAAUACGACCAGUCUAUUGACUGGGGUAACUGGUGGUCGUGGAAUAAGGAUGCAUCGUAUGCGACAGAUCGCGCAUAUGAUUAUAUCCAUGUUAUCGGGGCGUAUUGGGCGCUCUAUCGUGCUGGAAGAGCAGAUGAGUCAGUUCUCAGGGUCAAUGACUGGCAGUGGUACCUUGGUCAGGCGUAUAAUACUACAAUCACCUGUUUCGCGACAGACUCGGAUGGAAAUGGAUUGAUUGGGUACUCGAGAUUGGGACUCAUGGGGGAGACUGUGGUAGGAGAGCUGCUGGCUGAUCUUCAGCGCGAGGGCUGGACUGGUGAAGCUGAUGCUGUUGAAGCUGCCAUGAAGCUCCGAGCAGAUGCGUGGGAUACCGAGGCUGUGCCUUACGGAAGUGAGAUGGCCUGGGAUUCAACGGGCCAAGAAGGAAUCUAUUACUGGAGCAACUACUUCAAUCUCGCGUCGACGGCAACGAAAACCAUCAACAGCAUCAUCGGGUACAUGCCCACCGUUUCCCACUGGGGCUGGAACGGAAAUGCUCGAAGAUAUUGGGACUUCAUCUACGGUGGCAAAUUGGAACGAAUCGAGCGCAUGAUCCACCACUACGGGUCUGGCCUCAAUGCCCUCCCACUCCUUUCCCAAUUCCGCCAAACCCCCAACGACGCUUACCUUCUGCGCGUGGGAUACGGCGGUAUCACGGGCCCGCUGAGCAAUAUCCGACAAGAUGGAUCCAUGUAUAACGCCUUCCACUCAUUCCCCGAUACCCUUCGCGGUGACGAUUAUUCGGGAGACUACGGCCCUAACUUCCUCGGUAUGAUGAUCGGGUCUAGUGUGUACGUCGUGCACGAUCCUGAUGUUGGACUUGUGACGUAUGGUGGGAACAUGGAUGUGUCGGGUAAUUCUGUCACGGUUCAGCCCCGGGACGCUGUGCGUCGUCGUGUUUAUGUUGCACAGUUGGGUGUUUAUGUUACGAUCAGCGUGGGGCAGAUUGAGGAGUUUUCGUUCGAUACGUCUGAUUUGACUUCCUUGAAGCUGCGUGUCGUGCCUGGCCCAGCAAAGGCGUCUUCGACUGUCGUUUGGGUCGAGACACCUGGCACCUCUGACAAGUACGCUGUUUCAGGGAAGGCAGAGACGCAGAGAGGUGGAUCGUUGAUUAAGCUAGAUUCCGCUGGGGUUGACGUGAUCGUCUCUAAGGCGUGA